AUGGCAGCCUGCCCAGACAACAUCGACGAAUGGUUGCAGAACGUCCCGAAUCUCCUCGAAGAUGCGGGGUGGCAGAUUGCCUUUGAGAAUCCUGCUGGCAAGCUCUUGAAGCAAACUUGUCCGUGGGGCGGGCAUCUUGUGAAGUUGUCCUGCCAGGACAUCCCGGUCCACAACCUUGGAGACGGGUCGCCGCUUUUCGUGCGACCAGAGGCGCGCGGUUGGAUACUACGCAGCCGUCCCGAGCUGAACGUAGAAGGGUUUGGGGUGGUGAAGCAGCUGGGAGCUGGCGAGGCCAUGAUCAUGCGAAGGGCGUAUGCGAGUUUGUGGAAGUUGUGCAACGUCUUCUUCUCUUUGCAUGACGAGGAGGAGGAUGAAGGCCUGACUUUCCUCUUCCCCAUCGGCGAGGAGAUUAUGUACCAAGCGAUUCGGCACAACUAUCCGGAGAUGGGCGACAGUGUCCUGGUUGCUCGAAGUCAUACCCAGACCUACGGUGGCUUCGCUCAUGCCCGACGGCAGAAGGAGCCAGGCCUUGUGUCGAUUUCCUUGACGCUGACAGUGCCCACUGUCGCUGACUGGGUCUCGGUGCCUUUUCAAAGUGUGAUUACCUCUGCAAGAGGUCUGAUGGACUGGUACGUAAAUCGCCCCGGCAUGGAGGAGAUGCGGCGCCUGGAUCAGCAGUUCUAUGUCGUCCUGACUAUACACAGCUGGCCAAGGGGCCGACCCUUUUUGCCAGUUCCAGAGCAAAGAACCGGGGACAUGGAGGAAGUGACGACCAUCGAUGCCGGCCGAAGACAUGGGCUGGCCUUCUGGGGCCGCUACCAGCCCUGCAUGGUUGGCAGAGGCAGCUUUCUUCUCUCGGAUUAUUUGAUGCUGUUCUUGGAAAGACUUGGUGAGACUGUAGACAUGUACCAGUCCCUGGAUGGACAGGAGCUACAGCACUACCAGUGCGUAGUUGCAGACCACGAGUGGCAGCAUGUGAGGGAUCGCUUCUACAGUGCUUACACGCUGCAGAAGUCGGCGUAUCGGCAUGCGAACGGGGGUCAAUCCGCACCAGGCAUGAGUGAACAUGCGGAGGCCCGCUUUCGCACAGACCGGGGCCUCCGCCUGCAGCGCCUGUACAGGCCGGUGCCGACUACCCCGAGAGCCCCGGCCCUGGUGGUUCACAACACAUUCCUGGAGUUGGAGGAACCGGAGGAGAUGGGAACUGGUGCCUUCAAGAGAGCUAGGUCGAGGUCGGUCUCACCGCGCGCCUUUCACGACAAAUUGAUCCUUGCGACCUAG